AUGGUGACUUCAGCUCCUGCGAAAAUACUCAUUGGCAUCUCAUUAGACCCAGAUGACAGCAAGGAACUCUUGUCAUGGGCAAUCAAAUUUCUAGCUCAUCCAAAUGACAACAUUGUUGCCCUACAUGUUCUUCGUUAGUACUUUCUUGCCUGUCCAAGUUACUUGUCUGUUUUUAUUGGUGAGGAGUCCAAGAAGCGUAAAUUGGUAACAAAAAAUCAGGCAAAAUUUCGCCAGGCAAAAGCUCAUGUUAUAUCUGUGCUUGGAGAAUUUGCAAGGAACUGCCAGUCUAAGCAGAUAAACUUGGAGGCAAAAGUAGGAAUUAGCUCGAGUGUUAGAAAGGGCCUAAUUGAGGAAGCCAAAUCAAUCUCAGCUGAUUUUCUUCUUCUUCGUGGCUCCAGAGACCGUUCAAAAAGAACUUCACACAAACUUACCAGAUACUGUUUCGAGCAUGCCCCGGGAGGCUGUACAGUGGUUUCAAUAGGGAAGCCUAGGCAACCACAGCAAAACUCAAGCUCAAAUUCUACUUCUGCACAUUUUGAUGGUUAUUUUGGUUCUGCAGAAACUCAUCAAUGGAGUUCAAGAUGGUCUAACAAGAGUAAUCGCAGUGGCGAGGCGGCUAUCUCCCAUGUUCAAAAUUCCCUUGUCUCCAAAAGAAAGGUGCAAAAGCCUUCACCAAGAACUGUUCUAGAUGCACUUGAAGCAGAAUUAAAUAGCACAGAAGAUGAUAGCUCUAGCUUUGGGGACUCAACAAUGUCUGGCUCCCCUCCUCAGGCGCCAAAGUUUAAAGGGCAAUCCUGCACAAAGAAACGGAUUUCAACUUACAAAUUUAUCUCAUCAUUCUUUAGUUCCCCACUUAGAAAAAGAAAGGCUAGUAUAUCCUACAAAGAAAAGAAGCAGCCUUUGAUGAAGUGCUUUAGCUAUGAGGAGAUCUCAAAUGCUACAAAUAACUUCCAUCCCGAUAAUAUAGUUGGUCGAGGUGGGCAUUCAGAAGUGUACAGGGGAGAUCUUUCUGAUGGAAGAGCUGUUGCAGUGAAGAGGUUGGCCAAGGACAACAAGGAUGAAAACAAGGAGAAAGAAUUCCUCACAGAAUUGGGCAUAAUAGGACAUGUACGCCACCCUAAUACUGCAAAUUUAGUUGGCUGUUGCAUCGAAAAUGGACUGUAUUUGAUUUUCAACUUCUCUGAGAAGGGAACUCUGGCAUCUGCAUUGCAUGGUAAAACAAGUGUGUUACUCGAUUGGCCUAUGAGAUACAAGAUUGCCCUUGGAGUUGCUAGAGGUCUUCAUUAUCUGCACAAAAGUUGCAAACACCGAAUAAUACACCGUGACAUAAAAUCCUCUAAUGUCCUUCUUGGACCGGAUUGUGAACCACAGAUCACCGAUUUUGGUCUUGCAAAAUGGCUUCCUAACAAAUGGACUCACCAUGCUGUGAUCCCAAUAGAGGGAACAUUCGGGUACCUAGCACCUGAGUAUUUCAUGCAUGGAAUUGUGAAUGAGAAAACAGAUGUUUUUGCAUUUGGGGUUCUACUCCUGGAGAUCAUUACUGGUCGCCGGCCGGUGGAUUCAUCAAAGCAAAACCUCCUCUUAUGGGCAAAGCCUCUUAUGGAAUCUGGGAAUAUCACUGAACUAGCUGAUCCGAAACUGAAAGGUAAAUGUGAUGAGGAUCAAUUGCAUAGAUCAGUGCUAACAGCUUGCUAUUGUGUGAGGCAAUCAGCGAUAUGGCGUCCAUCAAUGAGUGAGGUCUUGGAGCUUCUAAUGACUGGCCAUGACUCUGAUGUUGAAAAGAGCUGGAGAAUGCCAAAGUUUACCUCUGAUGAGUUGGAUGAUUACUCUAUGGUUUUUGGAUAUGAGGUUCCAACAGAUAUUUCCCUUGAGGAAUUUUUAUGAGUAAACCUUCUUCCAUACAUUGAUUGCAGCUUCAGGUUGCAUGAAAGAGGGGAAAGCUGAUUAGCAUAUUGAGUUUCUUCUUUGUAACCUUUCAUACAUAUAAAUGCAUGCUAGGGUUUAGAAUAUAUUGAUUAUUUAGGCAUUCCAUUCUACAAUUUUAUUUUGAUCUUCUCAUUAGAGUAUCCUGCUCAUGAUAGAGUAAUUUUGAUCAAAUUCACACAAAUGGAAUAAUGUAAGAAUAUUGACUACAGAUCACGACAGAUUAUCCCUAGAUGAUAUAUGCAAAUUAAUCAAAAUGUGAAGUAUGUCGUUGAUCAAUAAAUCAAGUUUACUAUUUACGAUGUUGAAUUAUAAUCCACUAUUUUCUAAUGAAUGAAAAUUAUCUGGAAUUUUGUAUGAAUGACUCUCUGGAUUUGGAAAUUAUUCUAU